AUGUUCAAGUAUUCACAGAUUUUGCUUGUGCUCCUAUUUACUAUUCAUUGUUUUGCCGAAUUGAGCCGAUCGUCACGUGAUACAUCUAGCCAAAUCGAAGAGGCUUUCCAAGAAAUCUCUCAUCAUUCCAUCACAAAACCCGAUGCUUUGUUUCUGCUUCGACGAGCCAAAGUCUCUGAUCGAGACAAUUUCUAUUCGUUUGCUGUUUUCCUUCGUCGUGCUUUCAUUCAAAUCGAAAUUGAUCAUUUGACUGAUCUAUUCACAAAUGGACCACCAAGUCUGAGUUCAGCGGCUCAAGUAGUGGAAUUAAAAGUAAACCAACGAAUUGAUGCUUUGAAAGAGCAAGCCGAUUCCUCAAAAACGAUGAUCACUGAUCCGUUUUUGCAAUCGCUUGACGUCGCCGACUUUGCACAAAAGCUGCAAGAACGCUUCCCCGGAAUCAAGCAAAUCUUUCGGCUUUCCACCGAAAACAUUCUGAAGAGCACUGGCGAGAAGGAUUACCCGGCAAUUGUCGACAAAGUCUUCGUCAAUGAUCUCUGGAAUACUGAACAAAUAUAUCGAGUUUUCUUUGAAUUAUUCAAUGCUUAUUAUGCGUCUGAA